AACGCAGUGCGUAUCGUCAUAUGGUGUCUGGCAUAUUUAGUUAAUUUAUUAAAUAAAAGCUGAUAUUUUUUGAUAGUGCAUGGUAAAUACUUUGACUACUAUGACUGAGGUAAUCAAAGACAAUGGCACUACUAGAAAAAAUCGUGACGACAAAGGACGCAAAAAGGAUGAAAAAUCUUUAGAUCUAAUAUUGAAAAGCUUAAACAACCUUCAAACUCCUGAAGAAAAAUUUGAAGCCAUGUGCAAAAAAUAUGCAGAAAUUCAAGAAGAAAAUAGGAAAUUGACCACAAACGCCAAACAACUUGAUAAAAAAUGCAUAGUGUCGCAGAAAGAAAAGGAACAGUUACAGGUAGAAUUCAACAAGACUGUUUUAACGAAAAGCAAAUUAGAAAGUUUGUGCAGAGAGCUGCAAAGACAAAAUAAAGCUAUUAAGGAUGAAAGCCUGCUGAAAAUUAGAGAAGAAGAAGAGCGAAGAAAAGAGACGCAGGCUAAAUUCCAGGCGACUCUGGCAGAAAUAACAACUUUGAUGCAGCAGAAUAAUGACAAAAGCAAUAAACUGAGAGACGACAAUAUAGAUAUGACUAAAAAGUUUCAAACAAUUGUUGAACAAUACGAGGUUCGAGAACAACAGGUAGAAAAAAUGGCAAAGCAAAUGGAUCUUCAAAAUAAAUUAGCAGAGGCAAAACUAGCAAAGGCACAGACUGAAGCUUUGGCUGAUAAAGAACUGUUCAUGCAAGAAAAACAACAGCUUCUUAUUGAAUUAAAAGCAUAUCAGGGUAAACUUAAAGAAAAGGAGGUUCUAGAAACUGCUCUAAGGGCUCAAAUAGCUAUGUACACCGAUAAAUAUGAUGAAUUUCAAAAUUCACUCCAGAGAAGCAAUCAAGUGUUUGGGGGAUUCAAAACCGAGAUGGAUAAGAUGUCUAAGAAGAUUGUGAAACUGGAAAAGGAAACUCUGUCUUGGAAACUUCGAUGGGAAAACAGUCAAACUGCUCUUUUAAAUAUGGCUUCAGAAAAGCAGAAACAGGUCAAUGACUUGAGCCUUGCACAACGUCAAUUGAGACAGCUUCAGAAGUUGUGUCGGACACUACAGGCUGAAAGAUCUGCAUAUCUAGCUACUUUGAAAGCUAAAGGAAUUGAGCGCCCUAUUGUUCCUGAAGUUGAAGCGGAACCUCUUGUUGAGAUAAAAUCUGAAGAUAAAAAGUUGGACCAAAUGGCUUUAAAUUGCAUGGAACUUAAACAGAAUUUAGCAGAGCUUCAGGGUCAGCUGAGUUCCAUCACAUCUGCAAACAAAACUCCAGACAAGAAGCAAGAGAAGAGAAAUAAAAAAAAGAAAAACACAGAAGACCCAAAUAAAUUAAACUUAAAUAGCGAAGACAAUUGUAAAGUUGACAAUGAGACUCCAGAAUCUAGUUCUACAAUUCCUCAAAUUGAGAGUAACGAACAACAUGAAAAGAAAAAUGAGACAUGUAUAGACAAUAAAGCAGUAGCUGCUGAUGUUUCAACAGAAGGUUGUGAGAAGGAUAUCAUUUCUCCUGGCGAAGAAAUAAAUUCAAUAGAUAAAUCUAAUAGCGUUUUAUAAAAAAAAUUAUAGGGCAGUUAUGAAACUUCUGU